AACCAUCCCACCGCAGAUUUUGAUGUCAACCACUUCUGCCAUGGUGCCUCAACCCACUGCCCUAGUCUUCACUGUCCGUAGGUGUGAACCAGAGCUCGUGAAGCCGGCCAUAUCGGACAUCGAUGACCAAGAGAGUCUUCGGACCCAGAUCCCGAUUAUCCAAUUUUAUCAGUACAAUCCUUCCAUGCAAGGGAAGGAUCCUGCUAAGGUUAUUCGGGAGGCACUGGGAAAAACUCUUGUGUUUUACUAUCCAUUUGCUGGUAGGCUAAGGGAAGGGCCUAACGGUAAGCUUAUGGUGGAUUGUACUGGCGAUGGCGUGUUGUUCAUUGAGGCCCAUGCAGAUGUUAAACUUGAGCAAUUUGGUGAAGCCCUUCAGCCACCAUUUCCUUGCUUGGAUCAGCUCCUACACGAUGUUCCCGGCUCCGGCCGGAUGCUAAAUUGCCCAUUGUUGUUGAUCCAGGUUACAAGGAUGAAAUGCGGUGGUAUCGUCUUUGCCCUUCGAGUCAACCACACUAUGAGUGAUGGUGCUGGCCUAUUCCAAUUCAUUUCCGCUAUGGCUGAGAUGGCACAAGGCGCAAUCUCUCCUUCAAUCCUACCUGUGUGGGAAAGGCAUCUCCUAAGUUGUCGAACCCCUCCACAAGUCACAUGCACGCACCAUGAAUACGACAAAGUAGAUGAUAUAAAAUCAUGUACAAACUUCACCCCAUCGGAAAACAUGGUUCAUCACUCAUUUUUCUUCAAUCCCUCUGACAUAUCCGCCAUCCGUAGAUUUGUUCCUUUGCAUCUUCACCAUUGUUCCACAUUUGAAGUCUUAACUGCUUGCUUAUGGCGUUGCCGGACACUUGCCUUACAAUUCGACCCUGAUGAACAAGUUCGCUUGCUUUGCAUUGUCAAUGUACGCUCCAAGUUUAAUCCUCCAUUGCCAAAGGGAUAUUACGGGAAUGCGAUCGUGUAUCCUGUAGCUGUAACAACUGCUGGACAAUUAUGCCAAAACCCACUAGGAUACGCAAUAGAGCUUGUGAAACAAACCAAGGAAAGUGUGACUGAAGAGUAUGUGAAAUCGGUGGCGGAUUUUUUGGCGACGAAUGGUCGGCCACCCUUUAGCUUGGUUCGAGUCUACCUAGUUUCAGAUACAAGACAUGUCAAGCUUUACGAUGUUGAUUUCGGAUGGGGUAAGGCCAUGUACGGUGGACCUGCCAAAGGAGUGGUGGCAAGCUUUCAAAUACCUCACAGGAAUAAGAAAGGGGAAGAUGGACUUGUGGUGCCAAUUUACUUACCGGCUUCGGCUAUGGAAAGAUUUGUUAGAGAGUUGAAUAGAAUGUUGAAAGAUGAUCCAGCUGGUAGUCGAAGUAAUUCCACUUUCAUUAAAUCUACCAUGUAAAAGUAAUGCCAUUAAGCUCAACCAAUUUCAUUGGCCAGGCUAAAGCUUAUUUCUCUCAUUUCAAGCUUCUAUCUUUGAACCACCCAUUUUUGGGCCAGACUCCCUCCAGCCCCACGGUUCCACUCUAAACCUAUGUCGUGCGUAUGUUUGUUUAAUGGUUAUAUUUUUAUGUUCUCAGAACCAUAUUAAAGCAACAAACUUCUUCAU